ACAGGCAUUCUGAAACCUGGCCUAGUUGUGACAUUUGCCCCCGUGAAUGUGACCACUGAGGUGAAAUCUGUGGAGAUGCAUCAUGAGGCUCUAUCUGAAGCUCUUCCAGGUGAUAAUGUGGGAUUUAAUGUGAAGAAUGUCUCAGUCAAAGAUAUCCGACGUGGGAAUGUUGCGGGUGACAGCAAGAACGAUCCCCCACAGGAGGCAGCAAGUUUCACCGCACAGGUGAUCAUUCUAAACCAUCCAGGUCAGAUCAGUGCUGGUUAUGCCCCCGUGUUGGACUGCCACACUGCUCACAUUGCCUGUAAGUUUGCCGAGUUAAAGGAGAAGAUUGACCGUCGCUCUGGGAAGAAGCUGGAAGACAAUCCCAAGUCCCUGAAGUCUGGGGAUGCUGCUAUUGUAGAUAUGAUACCAGGCAAACCCAUGUGUGUGGAGAGUUUCUCUGAGUAUCCUCCUCUUG